CCAGUCACCACCCCUUCAUAGUAUUAUUCACACACAACUUCAGCUGGCUUUCAUUUCAGAUACAUCUGUAAGUCGAGAAAAAGGUUGAAAACUCUUUGUUGUUUACCCAUCCAAGCAGCAAAAUGGCACGCCAGCUUACUAAAUUGGGCUUCCUGGACGUCAAAAAGACGCUGUUUAUGCUGUGCGACCUGCAGGCCAAGUUCCGACCCGGCAUGCCGAUGUUCGACCCGGUUGUCAAAAAUGCCGGAAAGUUGGUCCAAGCCGGCAAGAUGUUGGACAUCCCCCUGAUCGUAACCGAACACUACCCGGAAAAGCUGGGCAAAAUCGUUCCGGAGCUGGACAUUGCCCACGCCAAGGCGGUCUUCCCAAAGACCCUGUUCAGCAUGAUGAUCCCUGAGGUCAAGUCUAAAAUAAACGAGCUGUACGGCAGUGGAAACCUGGAAACGGUGGUCCUGUUCGGGCUCGAGUCCCACAUCUGCCUGGAGCAAACGGCGAUGGACCUGCUCAAGGACGGGUACACCGUGCACGUGGCCGCGGAUUGUUCCGUGUCGCGAACCCAGGAAGAUCGCAAGCUAGCGCUGGAGCGUCUGCGACAGUACGGAUGUUUCGUUUCGACGAGCGAAAACAUCAUAUUCAAGCUGAUGAAGGACAAGAACCACCCGGCGUUCGACACGGUGCGGCACGUGGUGCGGGAUGCGUCCGUCGACACCGGGUUGGCCAAGCUGUGAGAAGGGGUGCGAGUUUGAGAAUGGUUGAACUGAAAAGUGCAUUUAGAGACAUCUUUUAUCUGUAAUACAAGGAAUAUUGAAGAUUCUUAGAAUCCAACUUUGUAAAAGUAUGUUUUGUUUGUAAUAAAUUUGAGGUGGUUUUUGGUAAUAUUUUA